AUGGACUACUCUGCAACAGGAGAAAUUUUGAACAUCAAACCAAUAGAAGAACACCAUAAUUUCUUAUGUAAAAACUUGUUUGAUAAUGUUACAAAGGAUCCAAACCACAAACUUUAUGACCUCCUCCCACAGAAACAUAACUGGCAUCACGAUCUCAGAAAUGGUCAUGAAUUUGACAUUCCUCAUUUUAAUACUAAUCGUACUAAAAACUCUUUUAUAUUUGCGAUGGCAUCGAAGAUGUCUUCGUAA